UUCUGAUCCGCAGGAGCAGCACAGCUACGUCUACUGCCAUGUUCACCAAGGUCGUCCUCUUCUGCCUCGUCGCCAUUGCCGCUUCGGCUCCCACUGAGGAUUAUCCACCUCAGCCAUACAGCUUCAACUACGACACUACUGAUGAGUUUGGAACCCGGUUGACCCGCGAGGAGUCCAGUGACGCCAACAACAACAAGGUCGGCUCCUACGGCUACACCGACGCCAACGGCAUCUCUCGUACUGUCAAGUACACCGCUGACGCCGAGGGCUUCCACGUGACCAUCGAGACCAAUGAGCCAGGAACCAAGAGCUCCAACCCAGCCGAUGCCUUGUACACCUCUAGCGCCGUCGAGGUUGCCCCAGCCCCAGCUGCUGCCAUCGUCUCCAAGCCUGCUGUCACCGCUGUGAAGCCCGUGGCCGUGCAGGACGCCCCAGCCACCGUCACCGUCCACGCCACCCCGGUCGUUCACGCCACACCUGUUGCCGUACACGCUGUUCACCCAGCUCAGUUGGCCGUGGCCAGCGCACCACUUGCCAUCGCCCACCAGGUGUCUCCAGUCGCCGUCGUCCACCCAGCUCCUUUUGCCAAGAGCGCUUAAGAAGUACACGACAAACAUCAUCCACCGACAAUGAAGUGGAGUGGCCACAGGCCAGCAAGAAAUCAGCACCUCUAUGAAUUGGCGAAACCUUCCCGAACUUCUGCCAUAGGUAUUUUUUGGCUCGGAAAGUCCGCAUCUAGUCUUUCUCGAGUCUCGUUAUUGUCAUAUAGAUGUAUGUUAUUGUCAUAUAGAUGUAUGUCAUUCGUUUAUCAGAGAAUUCAUACCGUUGUUGCCGUUUUCGCCAGAAUAAAUAUUGAUGUUACAUGUAGCUGAAA